AUGACUGAUGAAUUGUAUGAAAAAGAUACUAGUGAAAAGUGGAUAGAGCAGUUUUGUUCGGCAGGUCCAAAAUCGUAUUCUUAUCGUACCAUCGAGUACACACGUUACUUAAAAGAUGGUAGUCAGCAGAAGCAAACUGACGAUGUAGUGCAUGUAAAGGGUUUUACGUUGAAGGGUGAUGCAAAAGAAUUGCUUACAUUUGACAAUAUUAAUGCGUGUCUAAAAGAAAAAAGAAAUUGA